AUGUCUGCAGCAGAAGUCAUGCCUCCCUCUGAUGCCUCUGCGCUGGAAAAGGCUCCAGCUCAGCCAUCUGCUCCCGCCGCAGCGGCACAGACGCCGUACAAGCCACCCCAGCCGUCAUCGGCCUCGCUCUAUGUCGGCGAGCUUGAUCCAUCCGUCACGGAAGCGAUUCUGUUUGAGAUCUUCAAUAUGAUUGGUCCCGUCGCCAGCAUCCGCGUCUGCCGCGACGCGGUGACACGUCGCUCCCUUGGAUAUGCUUAUGUUAAUUACCUCAACUCUUCUGAUGGCGAACGCGCGCUCGAGCAGCUCAACUAUUCUCUAAUCAAGGGCAAGCCAUGGCAUCGCGAUCCCGCUCUCCGCAAGACUGGUCAAGGUAACAUCUUCAUCAAGAAUCUUGACGAAGGCAUCGACAACAAGGCCCUCCAUGACACUUUUGUUGCAUUCGGCAACGUACUUUCUUGCAAAGUUGCAGUGGACGAGCAAGGCAACUCCAAGGGCUAUGGGUUCGUUCACUACGAGACUGCAGAGGCCGCGGACGCUGCCAUCAAAGCCGUCGAUGGCAUGCUUCUGAAUGACAAGAAGGUCUAUGUGGGGCGUCACAUCCCUCGCAAGGAGCGUCAAUCGAAGCUCGACGAGAUCCGCGCUCAAUUCACCAACAUUUACGUCAAGAACCUUGACACCGAGAUAGACGAAGACGAAUUCAGGAAACUUUUCGAGCCAUACGGCACCAUUACAUCUGCUGUGCUCAAUCUGGACGCUGAUGGCAAGAGCAAAGGCUUUGGAUUUGUCAACUAUGAGACGCACGAGAUGGCACAAAAGGCUGUAGACGCGCUCAACGAAAAGGACAUUAACGGCAAGAAGCUCUUUGUCGGGCGUGCCCAGAAGCGCAACGAGCGUGACGAGGAACUACGCCGCACCUUUGAUGCCGCCAAGAUGGAGCGCCUCGCAAAGCUUCAAGGUGUCAACCUUUACAUCAAGAACAUUGACGACGAUAUGGAUGACGAGAAGCUACGCGCAGAAUUCGAGCCGUACGGUACCAUUACGAGCAGCAAGAUUAUGCGCGACGACAAGGGCGUCAGCAAAGGCUUUGGCUUUGUCUGCUUCUCCACCCCCGACGAGGCAACGAGGGCGAUUGCCGAGAUGAACAACAAGAUGAUCGGCAGCAAGCCUCUGUACGUCUCCCUUGCCCAGCGUCGCGACGUCCGCCGCCAGCAACUCGAAAGUCAGAUCUCUCAGCGCAACCAGAUUCGCAUGCAACAGGCUGCUGCUGCUGGUCUGACCGGCUACAUCAAUGGACCCAUGUACUAUGGUGCUCCUGGCUUCCCGGCCCAAGGCGGACGAGGCUACGCUGGCUAUCCUCCUGGUAUGACCGGUCCUGGACGUGGUGGAUAUCGUGGACCGAUGCCUGUGCCGCCGAUUCCCGGAUAUGCUGGUCAAGCACCUCAGCCAUAUGGGAUGAACCCCUAUGCACCCCGCCCAGGUCCAGGGGGUCCUCGCGGUGGCGCUCCGACGAAUGGAACGCCUCGUUCUGGUGCUGGACGUGGACUUCCGCAAGCCGCACCCGCCACCACGGCCGCUCCAAAGACGGCUACGAAACCGACGGAGCUCGAUAUUUCCCACAUUACCAGUGCACCUGCCGAGGGCCAGAAGCAAUUGAUUGGCGAGAUUAUCUACAUGCGUGUCUAUGGGCCAUAUCCGGAUCUCGCUGGCAAGAUCACUGGCAUGCUUCUUGAGAUGGAAAACUCUGAGCUCAUUCGUCUGUUGAAGGAUACGCCAUCUCUCGACAUGAAGAUCAACGAGGCCCUCGCUGUCCUGCACGAGUAUGCGCCCAAAGAGCAGGCCCCGGUCUCCUAA